ACCGCGGAGAGUGGGGCCGCUGCCGGCUCUCCCGCAGGCGGCCCGAGCAGCUGAGUCCGCCCGGCGUGCCAGAGCCACUCGUCGUCGCCGCUGGACGGUUGUGGAGGCGCAGGCUGCGAUGGUUCCGAAGCGGCCGUGUGUGUGAGAGCUUCACUCAGCCGGUUGUGGUGGAGUGUUUUUAGAAAGGCGUGUGGCUCAACCUGAGCUGCGCUUCUGGCCAGCAGAAACUCCUUCGCUGCCUAGUAGUCAAUGUGACGCGGGACGACGACAGCAGCGGCAAUAGCAGCACGUCCGGCUUCGGAAUGGCUCUGGACCGGGGCAAGUACGACUUUUACAUCGGCCUGGCUCUGGCCAUCAGCUCCAGCGUCUUCAUCGGAGGCAGCUUCAUCCUCAAGAAGAAAGGCCUGCUGCGUCUGGCCAGGAAGGGAUCCAUGCGAGCGGGUCAGGGCGGUCAUGCGUAUCUCAAGGAGUGGCUUUGGUGGGCAGGUUUACUUUCAAUGGGUGCAGGUGAGGCCGCCAACUUUGCAGCGUACGCCUUCGCCCCCGCCACUCUGGUCACGCCCCUGGGCGCCCUCAGCGUGCUGGUCAGCGCGGUGCUGUCGUCGUACUUCCUGAGCGAGCGCUUGAACCUUCACGGUAAGCUGGGCUGCCUGCUCAGCGUGCUGGGCUCCACCAGCAUGGUCAUACACGCCCCCAAAGAGGAGGAGAUCAGCAGCCUGGAGGACAUGGCGCGAAAGCUGGUCGACCCAGGCUUCUUCAUCUUCGCCACGGCGGUGGUGACGGUGGUGCUGGUGUUGAUCUUGGCGGUGGCACCCCGCCACGGCCAGACCAACAUCCUGGUGUACAUCAGCAUCUGCUCACUCAUCGGCUCCCUGUCCGUGUCGUGCGUCAAGGGCCUGGGCAUCGCCAUCAAGGAGGCGGUGGGCGGCGUCAACGUGGCGCGUACCCCCCUGCCCUGGCUCCUCCUGCUGGGCCUGGUGGCCUGCGUGGGGACCCAGAUCAACUUCCUCAACAAGGCUCUGGACAUCUUCAACACGUCCCUGGUGACGCCCAUCUACUAUGUGUUUUUUACCACCUCGGUGCUCACCUGCUCCGCCGUCCUCUUCAAGGAGUGGCGGCACAUGGGCGCGGCCGACGUCAUCGGCACGCUGGCCGGCUUCCUCACCAUUGUGGCGGGCAUCUUCUUGCUGCACGCCUUCAAGGACGUCAACGUCAGUUUGGCCGCGCUCGCCGCCACCGCCGUGCGCAAGGACCAGAGGAACGCCAACGGCACAUACCAACUCCUCUGCAGCGACGAGCACGGCGCCAACGAGGAGCACGACACGCCGUUCGACGCAGUCUCCAGGCGCAACGGAAGCCUGGUGUCGUAAGGGACUCCAAAUGGAGACAAUCAGGACCAAUGGAUUGUACUUGUUUUCCUUUGCCUUACUUCCAUUUUUUCCCCUCUUCUCACUUUUCCAUUCAGUCGUAGCACUGGGAAAAAAGCUUGUGUUGGGAAUCACUUGCUAUCAUGGGCCACAUACGAUACCAGCCAUCGAUGAUGGUUAAAGCAAAAAAAAUCUGACAUCGAGUAAGUCCUCCUAAACUUAUAAUUGGCCUGUUAUUGGGCAUUCACAAUUGCCCCUGCAUUUAUACUGCCCUGGGGGAAAAAAAUUAGAUCACUGCAAAAUGAUCAGUUUCUCGGAUUUCGCUGGUUUUUGGUACUCAUGUAUGAGUAAAAUGAACAUUUUAGUUUUACUCCCAUUAAAUCGACAACAAGACUCCCAAAUACAGUGGUGCCUUGAGAUAAGUGAUUAAUUCUGUGACCGCGUUUGUAUUGCGAAUCAACUUUCCUGAUUGAAAUGAAUGAAAUUGCAAUUAAUCGGUUCCAGUGCCCCAAUAAAACGCUAACAAAUACUUUCAUUUAUUUGAAGUAGCACUAUAUUGUACUUUAUAAAAACAUACUAAUAGUUAAAAGUAGAGUCAUGAGUGUUAUUGUCCGUCUACAUGUGUUGCGCCACUGUUCAAACCGCAAUAUUGUUAAUUUUGUUAGCUUGUCUGGUGUUUUGUGAAGCUUGCGGACACUGGUAAGACAAAAGUUAUGUUUGCUUAAAUACACUUAGUUUUACCGUAAACCACAUGGGAAUAGCAAUAAAGAGCUUCAAUGAAGCACUUGGCUUCUUUUUUGAAGUUUUCCCCAAUUCUGCUGCUUAUGAAGAUCACUGCCCAAAUUUUUGCUCGCAACUCAAAACAAAAAAAAUCUGCCAAGGCUCAGAUCUUGAUAAACUUGAGCAGUCGCUCAUCAGUUGAGGCACUAGUUUUUUGGUUUUUUUUUGCUUUGCUUGUGAGCAAACAUUUGAGAUGUGCUCUAGAUGGUUUCCACUAGCUUAAGCUAGCCCACAAUGGAAAACUAAUAAAACUAGCAUUUAAGCAACGUCUAUUCAAACACAAACUAUGCAUGUAAGACAGAUAAUAUAAUACUCGUAGGCAUUUAUUCAUCUGUGGGGGCGGGGAAAGACCACUGCAGUUUACAGAGCAGUUGUGCAUAUGUCUAAUGAGCACACCAUGAGCCUUAUAAACCAUUAACGCAUGAAAUCAUGAUGCACAAACUGUUUACAAUUCUAGAGAUAUUUUUCUUAGCGAAAACACGCUACAAAAUAGUUUGUGAGAGGAGCACCACCACUGUAUUGCUAAUCGAGAGCAUUUAUUUGCAGAAAUGAAAAAUGGUCAAAAUCCUAUAUAAACGUCCUUAUGUAGUGAUGAGGUGAGUGAUUCCAAACACAGCCACUGAGUUUAACCCUAUCACCUAUCCUGGGUCAAUUUGACCUGUGCUAUGUAUAACCCUCCUGUUAUGUUUCUUUUGGUACACCCAAAUAAUUGUGUGUCAAUGCGACCUGCUGCAUGUUUCAUUUUUUUUUUUUUUUUUUUUUUUACAUAAUUAAGAUAUAUAAUAAAGGGGAAAUGAGGCACUUUUUGAACAGGUCAAUGUAACUUGCAUGUUUAGUAAGGAAAUAAAAUAAGGGAAGCAAAAUGUAUUUUUUUUAUGCAGCAGGAAGCUAUCAAAGAAUGGUUAAUUCCCAAGUUUGUAGAACACUAACGGGUCAAUUUGAACCACAACAUAAGAAAAGAGUUCUUUAUCCAUGUGUCAGAUGUGAAACAUUGAAAAGAAAAUCCACAAAACAUCUCAUAAUUAAACCACUGACAUAUGCUGUGGGUCAAACUGUCCCUAUUUUUUUUUUUUUUUUUUAAAGAAGAAAACUACUGCGGUUUGUUGUUUUCUCAUUCCCACUACAUUUCACCUGUCCUGCAUUAAUCAUGCAAGGGGUCACAUUGACCCAUGAACAUUUUUGGUGUAUUAAUCACAGGAGGGUUAAAAACUUGAAAAUACGUGAAAUGAAGCUUUUCUAUUGAAUAUGUAGAUUACUAUAUUUUACACAAAAAAAACUUAUUUGUUUAAACAUUAAAAUGGGUCAAUUUGACCCGCAGCAUAAACAGGACCCCCAUUUUCACGCACUGGAAAGAUCCUUUAUAUUCUUUAAGAUGAUGUUUUGCCAUCGCUUGAAAGUUACUAUUUUUUUUGUUUUUAAUUUACAAACAAUGAAUGCAUUCUGCAGAUGAAUCAACAGAUUUGUUACAUAUUUAUUGAAAUAAUAAAAGGAUGAUUAAAAGUCAAGGCACAGUGAAUAGAAAUGCGUUCGGCAUGCAGAAUAUGAAAAGAAAAAAACAACCUUCACCUCACCUCUAAUGUUCCACCAUCACAAAGCUUUUAAAUAUUAAUCUCUUAAAAAGUCAUCUAUCUAGAAGUAUAAAACAAAUAUCUAUUUCCCGAUAAGGCACGUGUGAAUACAAAAAGUUUAUUGCGGGAAUACAACUCAGUGGUCUUUGCUAACAAAGUCAAAAAAUGGGAAUAUUUGUAAUAUUUCUGUUGUACAGGUAAGAGGAUAUUAUUGCCAUUUGCGCUCAGCUGCUGGCCAGUGAUUGGUGAAUGGGCGGCUGGAAGCAGCGCACGUGCUCCACCGGCAUGUUCUCGCCGUCCCCCGACUUGAGGUACUUGUUCAGGAUGGCGAAGAUCUCGUUGUUGAGCACUUGGAACUUGCGGAUGCGGUCCACCAUUUUCUUCAGCGGCUGGGGAGAAAAAAAAAAACAAGACGAGAUGGAGGCUUGUAGUCAAGCACGAUGUAUCCCAUAGUGCAUAAUUAAAAUAGGUGAAGUCGAUGUUUUUUAAAAUUUGAAUUAAAAAAUACAAACAUUUAAAUUAAAAUG